AUGGCUGCUCGGCAGAAGUUACUAUCCACAGUCUCUGCAUGCAGAGCACUUAAUAUACCAUCACGAAGAGUGUGUCACGGCUGCAUCAACACACACGCUUUGAGGAGUUUCACCACCAGUAAAUCUGCACGGCAUGAUUUCUUCAAAGAUCUGGAGUCUCAGAUUAAAGUGUUCAGAGAAAAAGCAGCAGCUGCCAUGCCGGGGAGUGACUGGAACCCCAUAGACCUGACGCCUGGCCUGCCUCCAGAGAGAGCUGACAUUGUGAUCGUUGGAGGGGGCGUCGUCGGCUGGUCCAUUGCUUAUUGGUUGAAGAGGAAGGAGAGAAUGCGGGAUGCUGUUAGAGUACUAGUGGUAGAGAAGGACCCCACUUACUCUCAGGCUUCCACUGUGCUAUCUGCUGGAGGUAUUCGCCAACAGUUCUCCCUGCAGGAAAACAUUCUGCUGUCAAUGGCCUCUGCUGACUUCAUGAGGAACAUUAAUGAACAUCUUGGGGUGGUUAAUGAAGAUCCAGUGGACCUGCAGUUCAACCACUCUGGCUACCUUUUCCUCGCAAGUGAGGAUGUCGCCCACAUUAUGGAGGAAAACUAUGAGACCCAGAGGUCUGUAGGAGCAAAAGUCACCCUUUUCUCUCCGUCACAGCUCAAAGAGAGAUUCCCGUGGAUCAGUACCGAUGGUGUGGCAUUGGCAUCCUAUGGGCUUGAGAAUGAGGGCUGGUUUGACCCUUGGACUCUGUUGAACGCAUUCAGACGGAAGGCCAUGUCUAUGGGAGUCUAUCAGUGCAUUGGAGAAGUCACAGGUUUCAAGUACUCAAUGCAUUCUGCAAGAACCAUGGAUGGUGAUAAAGUACCUAUUAAAAGGAUUAACCGUGUUAAUGUACGGAUGCCCAACAGCUUGGAGUACCAGCCUGUGGAGUGUGCUUUAGUGGUCAACGCAGCAGGUGCCAACUCUGGAAAAGUGGCUGGCAUGAUAGGCGUUGGAACCGGCCAUAACCAAAGUUUUGCAGAUAUUCCAGUGCCCGUGGAACCCAGAAAGAGAUACAUCUAUGUGCUGCAUUGCCCAGAUGGACCUGGAUUGGACACGCCUUUUCUCAUUGAUUAUUCAGGAGUUUACUUUAGGCGAGAGGGACUUGGUGGAAACUACAUUGCUGGGAUGUCCCCUGAGGAGGCCGAAGAGCCGGACACCAGCAACCUGGAGGUGGAUCACGAUUUUUUUCAGGAGAAGGUCUGGCCACUUUUAGCCCAUCGUGUUCCUGCCUUUGAGAGUCUUAAAGUUUCAAGCGCAUGGGCUGGUUACUAUGACUACAACACUUUUGAUCAGAAUGGCAUAUUAGGACUACACCCCUUGGUCAGUAACAUGUACUUUGCCACGGGUUUCAGCGGGCACGGGCUACAGCAGUCUCCCGCGGUUGGACGUGCCAUUGCCGAACUCAUUCUGGACGGGGGCUAUCAGACUAUUGACCUCAGCGCCCUAGACUUUAGGCGCAUUUACUGCCAGGAGCCCAUGCUGGAGAGGAAUAUUGUGUGAGGUUGAAAGAAACCCUCAAGGAUGGAGUUCUUAAGGACAAUAGCAGAGUACGUCAUGAGAACUGAGGCUAAUCACAGAGAAAACACACCAAAAAGAUUUGAAUACACUGUGAUGAGAACAUAAGAGUUAUUCAUUGGAAGCAUAAGAGGGUGGUUGUAUAACCCUCAGAGAGGAAUCAGCGGGCUUUUGAAGUCACGGCCGUUUUGCAUGACAAGUUAAGCUGAAGUAUUUUUUUUUUAACUGAUAACAAUGCUGGUGUUAA